UUUGGAACUCCUGACGCGUGUUACAGCAGCGGCUCAUGCGGGGUCCGUACUAAAAUAUUUACGCGUUAACAAUCGCAAAACUACGCGUUGGUUUUUUUUUGACCACCGAGUUUUAAGGUGUCGUCGGUUCGGCAGAGCGACUCAAGGCGCACUAACCCCGGCGGAACAUGGCGUCCGAGCCCGCUAGCCUGAGAUGUGAGCACUGCGGAGAGACGUUUCUGCGGAAAGAACACCGGGACCGGCAUCUGAGGAGGCACUCUGGAAUCAAGCCAUUCCAGUGCGACGUUUGCGACAAGUCCUUUGCUCGAAAGGAUACUCUCCUGCGCCACAGCACCAUCCACCGCCACGGCGAUGAGACACACGGCAGCACUCCACGCCGCUGUGCCCAGGCUUGUAUUUCCUGUGCGAAACUCAAGCAGCGUUGUCGCGGCGGUCUGCCAUGCGCGCGUUGUCAGGAUACCGGUGCCGAAUGCAAGUACAGUCCGGGAAAGACCCCUGGUAUCAUAAAUAUCUCCUCGGCUCGACCGAGCGAGACACCCGCUAGUCGCAGCGGUAGUCUAAGGGCCAGCUCUAUUCCAACCGAUCAAGAUAAUAGCGAUGCCUAUAGCUACACGCCUAGGUCCCACGUGGCAAAUGGCCAUCCCCCCAACGCCGCCGCCGAUCAGCCUGCUUUGCAUCACAAUUUCAACAGCUCUGCCAGUAACAGCCAAGACAACCCUAAAUUUUCUCACACAGCGGCUGGGCACCCGGUUGCCGUGUCUACCAACUUUAACCCUUCGUCUUUGCAUAGUGAUCCUGAUCUCUAUACACGUGAGCAAUGGAGCUCCUCUCCGUCCCAUCAUGCAAACCAAAUAGUAAACGAAUUCGCCGCCGAGUGGGAUGCCCUGUCAUCUUACUUUCCAUUCCUUCCUAUAUCCGAGGAGCUUGGGGAUGCCCUUGAAACAACCCAUGUCAUGAUAGACCACAACCAACAGCGCAGCGUCGAACCACACAACCACUCCCCAAACCACCAAAUGCGGGGCCAAGCAGCGCCGGUCCCCUCAGUGAGUGUGCCAAACCAUUCGUCAGAUCAGGAUCCGUCACCUCCAGCCGUGAAUAGCUCUCGUUCUUACGGCGAAACCCCAUGCCGGCGAUUCCCAAAGACGCAGGACAGUCACCUGCAGACCGCCGAGACCGAGACAUUUGGCCAUGUCGGCCAUGUCCCCUCCCACGCAUAUGAGGGUUUGCGCAAUUUCUAUGCAGCGCAAUCCCAGGACAGUACACCGUCUUUUGUACCCAUACGUCUCAUCAAAGCCUUUGUUGAUCUCUACUUUGAAUAUUUUGAUCCUCAAUUCCCUUUCUUGCAUGUCUCGCAUCUUGAGGCCGAAGACUUACCUUGGAUCUUGCUCCUAGCCACUGCGGCUAUCGGAAGCUAUUAUUCGGAACUUGAUGAUAUACAAGACUAUACCUCGAUACUAUGCGACUUGCUGGGCAGAGCGGUAGAAAGUGAAGCUAUGGCACAGAUCAAACGACCGAGCAAGGCCCUCAUCCAGAGCACCUUCCUGCGCCAUAUCCACCUUUUGUCCUGCGGUCUGCACAAAGGGCUCCUCCUAUCCCAUUAUAAAAGACAGAUGCUCAUGUCCAUGUGCCGCGACAUGGCGUCUCGAAGGGACGCCGAGAGAACAUCCCGUCAGAACCUCACUAAGAGUAAUGAUGAGUGGGCAAGCUGGCUUGCGAUGGAAGAGGAAACACGCCUAGUGUGCUGCAUCUAUAACUUCAAUCUGUUUGAUAUCUCGAAGCAGAUGCCUUGUCCUAGUCGCACUUGGUAUGCCAAAGACGUCCAUGAAUGGAGGUCGAAGCAGAUGGAGUUUCAAGCUGUCCGAUUGCAGCAAGCAUCUUCCCAGGAACCCGCUCCGCCACCCGAGAUAGACUGCGAUCCCUUCUUGUCCAAGAUGAGUCUAGUGGCGCUGUACAACAAUGGGAAGAAUAACCAGCGGCAGCGCCGCGCAUCAAGACUCGCAAUGAACUCCUUUGGGUCCCACCUCAGAAGCAUGAGCCCUAGUAUCUCCAAAGCCCCCAUCCGCAUCUCUUCCAGCGAAAAUGAUGAUGAGACGAUGGAAAACUCUCUGCUGGAUGAAUCUAUCGACCACAUCUCGUUUUUGAUAGGAGAGGAACCAACCCGCUGCCACGCAACUCUCCAUCACAUCCUUGCUAUCCUCCGCUCCGUCCCUCUACGGACCUUGUUUGCGGGUACCGGUUGGCAAGCUGACACAGCCCAGGUGAUUAAACUCAAGGCCGAGUUUAAAGAAUAUCUGCAGCGCGAAGGAGCGCGGUCGAGAAAGUGCUUGUGGCACGCGGCGUGUAUUUCCAAGUUCAUACAAACCACGCGACGCCUUGCCCCAUACGACAUGUUCAGCAUCGGGAUAGCCACGUGCUACAUAGUACUCUACAUGGAGCUCCGGCCAGUCGAGUCCCAUCCGUCGCAGGCCACCCCGGCAGGGGACGCCAGUUCUAGGCAGCCAGGCGCUGCGGCGCGGCGGCGCACCGUGCGCCUCGAUCAGCUGUCUACCCGAGAGGAAGUCCAAGAUUGGGCCAGAAACGGCGGGGAUGCCGACAUCCACUUGACCAACGUGGGAAUCUUACGCGAGCCGGAUUCCCUCACGCGCUUCCUGCGGAUGACGGAGAAGGCCCUCUUACGCCAGGUUGCCUGGAGCGCGUUUUUCAGGGCCUGGGCCAAGAAUAUGGUCCAACUUAUUCAUGGAGAGAAGCCUACAUUGAACUGUGAAGACUACAACGAGGCAGAGCAAAGAAUUUCAUGA